AUUUCUUAAACCUUUAUUUUUGAUUAAAGUAAAUUGUUAAAUUUAAACUUUCAAUUUUUAAUCUUAUUUCUUUAAAAUUUAUUUUAAUAUUUCUUAAGUUUUAUAUUCAUGAAUAAAACGGUGUUUGUAUUUUUAGAUUAAUUAUAACAUAUGCCAAACUUGAAUUUUACAUGUGUUUUCAAAUUUGUAUUUUAAUAUGUACAUAAGUUUGAACAUUUGCAAUUUGCUAAGUUACUGUUUCUGAAUUAUUGCAAUCCCAAUAGCAAUCUUUUUUUUUUUUUUUGUAUUAGUUUCAUUUUUGGUAUUAAAAUGAAUUUGUUUUAGUUUUCAGCUUUGUAAUUUAAAAAAAAAAUUUUUUAUUAAUGGACUAAUAUUAACCCACUGAGAAAAAAGAGCUCUGGAAGAGCUCCUGGAACUCUAUGAUAAGCUCCGUUAGUAGAGUAGAUUAAAGAGUAAAUUUUAUAAUGCCUAUAUAUUGAAUCAGUUUCACUUUUUAUAUAAAAAUUAUACACUCUAUGCAAUAGUUAGCACCUUUAAGUAAUGUAUUAGAUUUUUCGUGUGCAUGAUAUUAAUUUUUAGUUUAGUCGUUUAAAUGAUGUUAUAGUUGGUAGGGUUCUUUGCAGAACUCUUCCGAAAGAGCAUUUGCAAAAAUGCGCUAAUUGUUGCAUUAAAGCGCAUGCGCUUUUUAACAGUUUCAUGAAAUUUAAUUGUUAAAAAGCAGAAAUAUGUAUUGAUAUGGUAAAACAAUAUAUAUUGCUCGUAUACGAUAUAAUGAAUUAGGAUUUAAAGUUUAUGUUCAUAAAUAUGUUUUGAAUUUAAUAUAUAAUUGUCAGCAAAUAAUGUUACAAGUUUUUUUUAUUUAUAUAGUUUUUCAGUUUUUAUUGCUGAUUUACUCCAAAUAACAGUUGUAUACAGACCAGCAUUUAAAGCUAAUAUGCACAAGAGAGUUUCAUUUCAUAAGCUAUCACGCUCACAGGCCUACAAAAAAUUAAAGUAUUACAGAGAGCAAGCUGCAAUAAAUCAUAGCUCUGAUACAGACUCAAACAGUGGCAAUGUAGAUUUUGAGAACUUGGUUACUGAAAUACCUCUUCAUCAACUAGUUGAUUCACCUUCACUAGUAUUGCAACCUAUGCAGAUACCACUUCCUCAACCACUUACUUCCCAAACACAACUUCCUCAUACUCCUCUGCCUCCUAUACUAGAUGAUUCAUCAGAUGAACCUGUCUCUUUUUCAAGUGACGAAAAAAUAAAUAUUAAACAAGAGUUGGCAACCUUUGUGGUGGAGUCUGCUUUACCUGAAAGUGCAACAAAUAAACUAUUAAAGCAGCUAAGAAAGCAUAAGUGUUUCAAUGAUGAAUUACCAAAAACACGUAAAGCCUUGCUAAGAACUCUUACAGAAUCUUUGUCAUUGAGUACAAAAAUGGCUUUUUUUUAUAUUGCAGGUUAUGCUACAAGAAAAGAUGAUGUUAAUGAAAAUGAUUUGUUUAAUGAUUCUGCAUUUUAUCUUCAGUUAUAUGGAGACUAUACAAAAAAUAUAGACUGCAGUAAAUUGAAUAUACCUCUCGAUUGCUGUGUGCAGUGGGUAUUUUUUUGUUUCAUUAUUUUUGAAAUUAAGAAAAACAAAAUGUGCAGAAAGUCAUUGUGUAAUACUUUUAUGAUGAUAUCUGAUAUUUAUAACUUUAAUAUGUUUAAGAAACAUGGUACAAUAUUAUCAAACAUAUUUCUUAAAAAUAAUUGUUUGCUUUUUUCACCCAAGUCCAAUAAGGAACCUGUAUUAAAAGUUUUAAAGUUAUUUGUAUAACAAUAAAAAAUUAUUAUGUACAUUUUUUUAUAACAUUAUUGAUG